AUGUCGAAUAAUAGUCGUGCUCGUUUCGAAGUAACUAUAGACAAUGGAGGCAAAAUGCCACAACUUGCUUUAUCGCAUCCCACACUACCGGCAACCACUACCAUAGUUCUAAACUUGCGAAAAUCUCUGGGAAUACUUUCUCUCUUGCUUAUUGCUUCAACACUUUGGAGCGCCUACUACAUUAAUUCAAACCCGCAUCGUGUGAUACAACUCCCGGUUGGUAUUUCACACGACGCUUUCAAAGAAGGUCAACGGAAAUGUGCGGAACUAAAAAAACGGCCGACUGACUACUCGGGCAGAGAGAGAACCUAUAACCCGAGGCGAGAACCCGACACGCAAGCUAUUCUCUUGAAAAAUGGGAUAAUUCUCGAUGGUAUUGGUAACGAAAUUCACGGAGACGUAUAUCUUAGGGAUGGGCUGAUUUUUGCUGUUGGUGAGAACUUGACGGUUGAAGACCAAUGCACCACAAUUAUUGAUGUGAAAAAGAAGUACAUAUCGCCGGGGCUUGUUGAUAUGCAUAGUCACUUGGGGGUUGACUCCUGGCCGGAAUUACACGGUACUGAAGAUUACAAUGAAAAGACUGAUCCAAUUACACCUUAUGUUCGUUCCAUCGAUGGUCUUAACCCUAGCGAUCUAGCCAUUCCAAUUAUUGCAUCCGGAGGUGUUACCACGUCAUUAGUUUUGCCGGGAAGUGCCAAUGUAAUGGGCGGAGAAUCUUAUGUAAUUAAAUUACGUCCUGUGAAAACUUUGUCCGUUGAAGAUAUGCUGGUUAAUGCACAUUUGGACUCGGAAAAUGAGAAAUCGUGGAGGUGGAUGAAGAUGGCUUGUGGUGAAAAUCCCAAAGUAAUAUAUGGCAGAUUAAGAAUGCCAUUCACACGACUGAUGCCAUUCACACGACUGGGCGAAGGUUGGUUACUCAGAAAAACAAUAUUUGAGGCGAUCGCGCUAAAACAGAAACAAGAUGACUGGUGCGAAAGUGCUGAUAGAGCUGGUAGCAACGAGCAAUUGAAUACUCGAUUCCCCGAAGAUUUGAAGUAUGAACUUUUGGUUGCGUUGUUGAGAGGUGAUGUGAAGUUGAAUGUACAUUGUUACGAGGUUUGUUUUUCAAUUUUGUCUAUUGUAAGAAAUCGCAUAACAACUCAUGUUAAGCACUCGCUCGAAUUCGAUUUCCCUAUUGCUGCGAUUCAUCAUGCACUAGACGCGUAUCGUGUUCCAGACAUUAUAAAACGCGCAAAAAACCAAAUCACGAUCGCCACAUUUUCCGAUCUAUGGGGAUACAAAAAAGAGGCGUUUCAGGCUAGUACAAAAAGUCCGAAAAUCUUGGCGGAAGCUGGAAUUCCUGUUGCGUUGAAAAGUGAUCAUCCCGUGACUAAUGCGCAACAUUUGGCCUACGAAGCAGCAAAAGCUCAUCAUUAUGGACUCGAUAAGAAUCUUGCGUUGGCCGCUGUCACUUCCGUACCGGCUAAAGCUCUUGGUCUUGAUCACCGUAUCGGUAGAAUCGGUGUUGGAUAUGAUGGCGAUCUUGUGGUUUGGGAUGAUCAUCCACUUGCUCUUGGUGCUACACCAUUAGAAGUUUAUAUUGACGGAAUAUCUCAAUUUGGAACACCAAAAUCUGUUUUAUCGAAACCCUCCGGCAAAAAUCCAUUACCAGAGAUUAAUUCAGGACCAAUUGAACAACGAAAAACACGCACCGCCUCCACUAUUUUCAUCAAAAAUAUCGGAAAGGUUUAUCUUGAUGAAAACUCUGAACUUGAUGCUACAUCCUCGAACAGUGAACGGAUAAGUUUAUUGGUCAAGGAGGGAAUUAUCGAAUGUAUAGGAGCAUCAUGCAAUGAUGAAUCGAUUUCUAACACGGUUGAUGUUAUUGAUCUGAAUGGUGGAUAUGUGUUGCCUGGAUUUAUAGCAGUCGGCUCGAAUCUUGGACUUUCAGAGAUAGAAAGCGAAGUUACCGCGAGAGACGGAGAUAUCGCUUCUCUAUCUAAUCCCAAUGACACAGAUCAUUUAGUUUAUGCAAUUGACGGCUUAAGAUUCGGCGGUAGACAUUUGGAGGAGGCAUAUAAGGCUGGAAUUCUUAAUGCAGUGACUCCGCCUUUGUCGAGUAAUGGCGUAGUGAAUGGAAUUUCUGUUGCGUUUAAAACGGGCGGGAGAAUUGUAAUCGACGACGAGAAUAAUGUAAUUAUCAAGGAGAACGUUGCGCUGCAUUUCAAAAUUGGAAAUAUUUUCUUGGAUGAUAAAAUCACUUCAGUUUCCUCACAAAUCUCUUUUCUUCGUCAAGUCUUUAUUUCACACAUCAAAAGUCCCCCUACGAACAUUUAUGGACGCGCUGCACGUGGUGAAAUCCCUGUAGCAAUCUACACAAACAGCAAAGAUGAGAUAGCCACGCUUAUCCGUUUAAAAAAGCAAGUGUCCCGAGAAGGUGGUAAUCCACGUUUAAUUAUUGUUGGCGGAGCCGAAGCACAUUUACUAGCCGAACAAUUAUCAGAAAACAAUAUCCCCGUUGUAUUAUUACCACUUCGCCCAACUCCAAUUCUGUGGACUUCGCAAGACGUAUUAACUGGGCCACCGUUGACCAAUACUACCGGCAUUGAGAUCCUACAUGCAAAUAAUGUGCUCUUGGGAAUUGGUGUGGAAGAACCAGGGCUCGCGAGAAAUUUGGUUUGGGAUGCCGGGUGGGUGUUGAGAAAUUCGGAUAAGAUUACCGAGAAAGAAACAGUCGGAUUUAUUACUUGGAAUUUGGCUAAAAUAUUUGACUUGAACUCGCCAAUCCAGUCUAAUCAUAAAGAUGAUAAUAUUGAAUCUAUUUCGAUUAACGGAUUAACAAAAGGGAAUUUAGCUGAUUUUGUUGCAUAUGAUGGAAAUCCCUUUGAUAUGAAAACACGAGUUCGAGUUGUUGCGGGUGGUGGUCGUAAAAAAGUACUGAUCGAUCCUGAACCAAACUAA